AUGCAGCCCCUAGACCCUUCUGUGUAUGGUCCUUUCAAGAGCCUCUACACCAAGGCAGCAAAUGAUUUUAUGAUAAGUCACCCUGGCCAGCCAAUCACAAUUCAUAUUGUAAGUCAGAUUAUCGGCAAAGCUUACCCACUGGCAUUUACUCCAAGGAAUAUCAAUUCCGGAUUCAAAGUAUCUGCUUCCUCAUCAGUUAACCCUAAUGUGUCAACUUCCACAAAUGUUGAACCUGUUGCAUCAACAUCUACCAACACUGAUCUUGUUGCAUCAAUUUCGACAAGCGUUGAUUUUGCUCCGUCAGCUUCCGCCAACGUUGAUCCUGUGACUUCUCCCCAUGCCAACACUCCAGCAGCAAAUUUAAUAAGUUCUGAUUCUGGUUCAAUGUCGUCUGAAAAUAGGAUAUCUAGAGAAAAAAUACAGGCAGUUGUUUUACCAGAAGAAAUAAGUCCCUUUCCAAAGGCGCCACCAAGGAAAGGUAGAGGAGGUCAAAAGAAAGGAAAAACUCUAAUUCUUACGGACACACCAAAAGAUAGUCAAGGUGAUUCAAGUUCAGAAGAGGAAGUUAACGAAAAAAACAUUUGUGAAGAUGACGAUGAUUCCUUUGAAUAUGAUGAAUCUGCUGAGGAAGAGGAAAUAGUACCGCCUGAUUCUGAUUCUCUCGUCCCUGAGGAUUUUGUCAUAAUGUUUUGUCAGUUGUUAAUGUCCUUUUCUCACUGUUUACUGGGAUGUAUUCUGUUAAACACAGACAAUGCUCUAGCAACACUUUCAGUUAUGGAGACAGUGAUUCACACUUGUGAUGUGAAAACACAUGGACAAGAAGGUGCUUUUAAAGAUUUGUGUCAAGAAAAGGUUGACAUUGUAUUGAAGACAUCACUGAAAUUGGGGGAAUCUCAAUUUGUCACUGUAAAUAAAGCAUACUGUCCAGAGGAUAGGGAAGAUGUAAAACUGCUUAAUCCAUUAGUAAUACAUGUUUAUGUAAAGGAUGCAAGUCUUCUGUACCCACUGGAGUACGUAAAGACAGUUAACAACAAAGCUUAUGAAGUUUUCUUUCACAAGGACAACACAAAAAACUAUGAAGGUUGUAAGAAAAGUUCAAUUUGGAAACUGUGUGGAAGAGCAUCUGGACAAGGGUCUGAUGCUGACAGAUCUUUACAUGGAUUUUGCUGCUCUUGUGACGGCUACACUAGUGACAUUUCCUACCAUGUCCGCAGUGGACAGGAUUGUAGUGACACACAUACACCUCUACUGGAGGACUCCACUAUCUACCAUUCCAGUACUCAUUGUCUCAAAUUUGACUCUCUGUGGUACCAUGUUUAUCAGCUGAAAAAGCCUUCCCUAGAAUAUAACUUAGCUGUGGAAAUAUAUAGAGUGGAUGGAGCAGGGGGUCUCAUACCAGUGGUAGAUGACAGCAUAGUGAUGGGAACAUCCUCCCCUAAUUUUGUCUCCAGUAACAACAAGGUCUUUGUCAGCAUCUUGAAUAUACAGAACCAACCAAAACAUGAGAAUCCACUUGGCUACAAAAGAAAUGUUCUUUUGAUUCCUGAACAGCUUGGGAAGGAAGUGAAAAGUGAAGAACUUCCUCUUCAGUUGCAGGGAAAUGCUUCCGAGUUUCUGGUGCUGAACAGAGACCAUCUGGCUCUUAGUGGUGGUGUCUGUGAUAAAGUGGGUGUGUCUUAUAGGGCAUUUGUUGACCAGAGACAUCGAUGUUUGAAGUCUGCUCAGAGUUGCUUUAAAAAUCAACCAAUGCAUUUUUGGCUCCAUGAUAUUCAAAAACAGCUACAAAGAAAACCCACCAAAUACUUUCUCUCAGGGUUCACUGAGAUUAGCAGCAAUCCCCUGGUUAAAAAAUCUGCAAAUUUGUCAUUAUCUCUCCUCUCAAAAGGAAGGUUGUCAGCUAACCUCAUCCUUCAAGCUAAAGUUGACAACAUUUAUCCAACCAGACACGGGAAAUCAGCAUUAAUUACCAAGAUAACUCACACCAAAGCACAGAAAAUACACACAGUGACAGUGUCUGUGUACAACCCUGGUCUUGUGAGGGAGACCUACACUGUGUCUCUCCACUCCUGUAACACCAGUCAAAUUACCUCCAAAAACACAAAGGUACAGGUAGAUGUCCCAGCCCACCAUUCUGCUGAUGCGGUCUUCAAAAUUCACAGCUUGGCUUCUCACCAAGUAAUAACAUGUACAGUUUCGGUCUCUAACUACCGUCUACACAUUGUCAGUGAGCGCGGAUUUUGGUUCAGAGAGGAAGAGAUCUGUAUAUGUCUGGAAAAUAUCAGCUGUACAUGCCAGAGUGAGAAGUUCCAGUCAAACUUUACUCUACAGACUGAUGCCCUCCGUUUAUCUCACCUUCACUCAGUGAUAGUCCAGGGCUACUUCUCUGGACCGGGUGAUCACAGAUUUGUCCUUCUCAUUGUUCUUGUGGUGCUCAUCAUUAUAGGCUUUGUGAAAGGUUUACUGAGUUUGGCCUUUCCAAUACAUGUUGGUCAGUGGGGUCUUUGUCUCUUGCUCAGAGACAAACCUUUGUAUACAUACUAUGAACGGGAGUUAGAACCAUUUGAUGUAACAUACAAUGAAGAUGGAGUACCAGUUCAUCCUGUCAAUCAUAAUCCUGUACAGUUACUGUCCAGAGGUGAGCUGAUGUUCCUCAAUUUGUUUUUCGGUUUCUACAUGAUCUUUAUCCUUCCACAUUAUCUUUUGAGCCAAUGCCGACAACACAAACACCAUCCUAAGAGUGAAAAGAAUAGUAAAGAAGCUGAAGUAGAUUCAUCAGAGAGAGCUGAGAGACAAUCAGUGAUCAUACCUCAGAAUGAUUCACCCCAGAUCACUUUCAACACCACCACUUCUCUCAUGUCAAAAUCAGAAAAGGAGUUGGUACUGGAACUAUACAAGAAACAAAAACAGAAACUAUUGCAUCAUAAAGAAGUUAGCCAAUCAUUGUCUAGAAAUGAGACCGGAUCAUAUCGAUAUGACAUCACAUCUCCAGACCCAGAAAGUGAUGAAUCUCCUAGUAGAAGGAUGACAAGGAUCAAAGAUAGCUCAGGACGGCAAGCUGGAUCUGAUCUUUUCCUUCACAAGCAGACACUAAACACUUUACUACAAACAGACCCUGUAUACUGUAAUAUAGAAAGUGGGCCAUCCAUCUACAUUAAGAAUUCUGGGAAUAAGUACAGUCUAUGUGGUACCCUUGCAAAAGAAAAAAGAAAAUUUGUCUUCCAGCUCGGUGAUUACACCUUACAGACUUAUGAAAAUGUUGGCUUCCCAAAGUUGUUGUCAAGACCACAGAGAAUCCUACAUCCAAUAAGUUUUACACUGUGCCUCACAUCAGUGGGUGUCCACAAAACGAUUACAAUGGAACCACUGCAUCCCUGUCUGAACAGGAAGAUCUGAAGAGUUCCACCACCACCACUGUAUCCCUGUCUGAACAGGAAGAUCUGAAGAGUUCCACCACCACUGUAUCCCUGUCUAAAUAGGAAGAUCUGAAGAGUUCCACCACCACCACUGUAUCCCUGUCUAAACAGGAAGAUCUGAAGAGUUCCACCACCACUGCAUCCCUGUCUAAAUAGUAAGAUCUGAAGAGUUCCACCACCACUGUAUCCCUGUCUAAACAGGAAGAUCUGAAGAGUUCCACCACCACUGUAUCUCUGUCUGAAUAGGAAGAUCUGAAGAGUUCCACCACCGCUGUAUCCCUGUCUAAAUAGGAAGAUCUGAAGAGUUCCACCACCACCACUGUAUCCCUGUCUAAAUAGGAAGAUCUAAGAGUUCCUACACCAAUGUAUCCCUGUCUAAAUAGGAAGAUCUGAAGAGUUCCACCACCACCACUGUAUCCCUGUCUAAAUAGGAAGAUCUGAAGAGUUCCUACACCAAUGUAUCCCUGUCUAAAUAGGAAGAUCUGAAGAGUUCCACCACCACUGUAUCCUUGUCUAAACAAGAAGAUCUGAAGAGUUCCACCACCACCACUGUAUCCCUGUCUAAAUAGGAAGAUCUGAAGAGUUCCUACACCAAUGUAUCCCUGUCUAAAUAGGAAGAUCUGAAGAGUUCCACCACCACUGUAUCCUUGUCUAAACAAGAAGAUCUGAAGAGUUCCACCACCACUGUAUCCCUGUCUAAAUAGGAAGAUCUGAAGAGUUCCACCACCACUGCAUCCCUGUCUAAAUAGGAAGAUCUGAAGAGUUCCACCACCACUGUAUCCCUGUCUGAAUAGGAAGAUCUGAAGAGUUCCACCACCACUGUAUCCCUGUCUAAAUAGGAAGAUCUGAAGAGUUCCUACACCAAUGUAUCCCUGUCUAUAUAGGAAGAUCUGAAGAGUUCCACCACCACUGUAUCCCUGUCUAUAUAGGAAGAUCUGAAGAGUUCCACCACUGUAUCCCUGUCUAAACAGGAAGAUCUGAAGAGUUCCACCAUUGCUGUAACCUUGUCUAAACAGAAGGAUCUGAAGAGUUCCUACACCACUGUAUCCCUGUCUAAAUAGGAAGAUCUGAAGAGUUCCUACACCACUGUAUCCCUGUCUAAAUAAAAAGGCAUGAAUAUUCCUACCAUUACACUGCUGUAUCCUUGUCUGAAUAGGAAGGCCUGAAUAAUACAUCUAUUGAACCACUGUAUCCAAGUCUGAAUAGGAGGGCCUGAACGCUUCCAUCGCCGAAACCAAGUCUGAACAGGAAGGUCUGAAUAGUCCCACCAUUGAAAAGCUGUAACCAAGUCUGAACAGGAAGGCCUGAAUAGUCCCACCACUGAACCGCUGUAACCAAGUCUGAACUGGAAGGUCUGAAUAGUCCCACCAUUGAACCGCUGUAACCAAGUCUGAACAGGAAGGUCUGAAUAGUCCCACCAUUGAACCACUGUAACCAAGUCUGAACAGGAAGGUCUGAAUAGUCCCACCAUUGAAAAGCUGUAACCAAGUCUGAACAGGAAGGUCUGAAUAGUCCCACCAUUGAACCACUGUAACCAAGUCUAAACAGGAAGGUCUGAAUAGUCCCACCAUUGAACCACUGUAACCAAGUCUGAACAGGAAGGCCUGAAUAGUCCCACCAUUGAACCACUGUAACCAAGUAUGAAUUGGAGGUCUGAAAAGUCCCACCAUUGAAAAGCUGUAAACAAGUCUGAACUGGAAGGUCUGAAUAGUCCCACCAUUGAACCACUGUAACCACGUCUGAACUGGAAGGUCUGAAUAGUCCCACCAUUGAACCACUGUAACCAAGUCUGAACAGGAAGGCCUGAAUAGUCCCACCAUUCUAAACUGUUCUAGACAGUGCAUAAAGCCAAGCCAGUAUUGUUUUUAAACUAUGUAAAGUAAUACCCAAGACGAAUGUAAUACUGAGUAUAUUCAUAAUUAUUUUAGUCUUUUCUCUUAGAAUUUUGUUUGGUGAUGAGAAUUGUGUUUACAACAAUGGAUUAUGUAAUAACAUUUUCAUAAGUCAAUUAUUAUUUGAUUUAAGA